AUGUGCUCAUUGUGGAUUAUAUCGGCCUGGCAGGCGUGGGAGGAAAAUCCGGCUUUCAUAGGUGUGGGUCAAGCUCCUGUGCGUGCGUGGGAAAUACCAUUUCCAGCUGUUACCGUUUGUCCUAUCUAUCGUUACAACCAAUACUCAGAAUAUAGAUUUCCUAACAUAGAAGGGGAGAGUACUACGAAUGAAUCAGUUGUUUUGGAACCUUCAGACAAGUGCGAUUACUUUAAGAACAAUGACAAAUACGGUGACACAGAUUUUUUUGAAGGAGAACCGUGGGAAAAAUUUUUGACAGAGACAGCACUUUCACCCAACCAAGUAAUUUUAAAGUCCUUUCUGACCGACGGGAACGAUACGACAGAUAUUAGUUUUUCGUCCAUACAGACACAAUGGGGGGUUUGCCAUACCUUUAAUAGUCUGGACAAAGCAGACCUUUUCAGAGACCUUACACACACCCCUGAAAGUUUUUGGAAACAAAGAACCAUUUCUUAUUGGACUUUUGAUAAAAAUUACUAUAAAAAAAAUGAAGCUGUGUACCCUCAACGCUUGAAAAAUAUGAUAGACAACGUAGUUGUGCAUUUAGAGUCCACACUGGGUUAUGUAGCAUGUUUUACUCCUAAUGAAUAUUACAUUUCCUUGCACCAUCCAGGAGAAAGUCCGACUCUGGGUCACACUAUCACAAUCAAACCAGAAAAAGACUACAACAUUUGGAUCAAACCUGAAAUCACUAUUGCUUCCGAACGACUCAAACCAUAUUCCCCGUCCAGAAAAAAAUGCUUCUUUUCAGACGAGCGCUAUUUACAAUUUUACAAAAUUUACACAGAAGACAAUUGUAAAUUAGAAUGUCUGGCUAACUACACUCUAACAGUCUGUGGCUGUGUCCCUGCAUAUUUUCCGCACAACAAAACUACCAAACUAUGUGGAAGAAACCGUUCUGGAUGCCUGCAAAAAUCAGAAAGAGUUAUGGCUCAUUUAGAGUCUGGAUUGACCCAAGAUCCCGUCUGCAAUUGUCUGCCGUCUUGCAACUCAGUAAUUUACACUUGGGAAGUCGAUAGUAAGGAGUCUGAAUAUCAGCAUAGAAUCGUUGUUACGUUGCAAUACAAAAACGUCAAAUUUAACGUUCUGGAAAGGAACGAGUUAUUCGGAGAUGUGAAUUUUUGGUCUAGCUGUGGAGGCAUUCUGGGAUUGUUUGCCGGGUUUUCAGUGCUGUCUCUGGCAGAAAUUUUUUAUUAUUUGGUUUUUCGGUGGAUGAACAAUUUGUUCGGAAAUUUAUGGGAGAAAUUGCAUCGUUUGUACUUAUCUUUCUAA